CUCUUAUCCUCCACUGUCAGCAACAGCAACAACACAGGUCCGAAAGUUUUCCCGCCUCAAAAGCACCUUUUGCCUCUAAUACACAGAUUUCAACCUCCUGCACCCAGUAAAGAUGGCCCGUGGCAACCAGCGCGACAAGGCGCGUGAGAAGAACCUCAAGGAGCAGGCUGGCAAGGUACGAUAUUUUUGCCCCCCACAGAAGCCGUCUGUGCAUGUGAAUAGGAGAAUGCUUGCUGACGAGAAUGAUGUUGUAGAAGGGCAAGAACAACGUAUGUGCUGACAAUUUAACGCUUGGAAGACGAACGAAAACGACUGUGGCUGAUGUAGCAUGCAGGCCUCCGGCGCAGAACUGGCUCGUGCCAAGGACGACGCUGCGGCGAUCAUGCGCGCGAAGCAAGUU